AUGCCUCUCAAUGUUCAUUUCCCUGGUGAACAGUAUCUUACAAUCGAAAUUCGCGCAAAAAGCACCACGAGUGUAAAGGACACGAAAAAGGACGCGCCUCCGCCAGAAGACAAAUACUACAAUGACAGUGUCGCCUUCACUCUGGUUGACUUUCUGAGGAUCAAAGAUGAAAGGAAGUACGAUAUGAGGAUACGACCUGGAUCUAAAACAGGCGAAGUGACGACGGUUACUAUGAAUAUCCACGUGUUUGACUUCGAGCAUAUAGAUGAGCUCCGUUGGGAGUACUCAAUCAACGUUUAUUUUCGCCAAAGAUGGCUAGACCAGCGCCUCCGUUUCCCAGGCAACCUGACCAAGCCGUUACAGCUUCAUUAUAAUAGCAUCAACGAACUGUGGCAACCCGACUGUUUCUUUAAGAACAGCAGACGAGCUCAUGGCCACGACAUUGCAGUGCCCAACCGCUUGAUUAGGGUUUACCCCAACGGGGAGGUGUUCUACAGUCAAAAACUGACUCUGUACCCAUCCUGCAAGAUGGUUUAUCACAGUUUCCCCAUGGACAAACAGACUUGUUACCUGCAGAUUGUUAGCUAUGCCCACACGAUGGAAGAGCUGGUGUUUCGAUGGAAGGACGUAGACGGAGUCACAAUCGAAGAAGAUCUGGAGCUUCCGCAGUUUGACUUAAAGAAGGACGACCUUCGGCACGGCGCCUGCAACAGUGGCUAUUUUACUGGUAGUUACGCGUGUUUGUACGUCAAAUUCGCCCUGGAACGCAAGCUGGGCUACUACUUGAGCCAGAUCUACAUCCCGUCUGUCCUGGUGGUCAUUCUGUCCUGGGUGUCCUUCUGGCUGGACGUGAACGCCGUGGCCGCCAGGAUCUCUCUCGGCGUUCUCUCCAUCUUGACCCUGAGUACCCAGAAUGCAUCAGUGAACCAGACACUCCCGAAGAUUUCCUACGUCAAAGCCAUUGACGUCUGGAUGGCUACGUGUCUUUGUUUCACGUUCUCCGCCCUUUUAGAGUUUGCAGUUGCUCACACUUUGUACAGGAGGAACCACGUGACUCAAACCAUAGAGCUUCCGUCUCCCCAGGCCGGCUCGCCCAAGCGUAACGGAAACUCGGGAUUGAACCGUGGCUUCUCCUUCGCCUCUCGGGCCAGUGAGUCCGACGGAACAUGUCAAGCAAACUGCAGUAUGCUUCCCAAAGACUCAUGCAAGCGCUUUCAUAAAGUGAAACCGAAUAAAAAACUGGAUGUUAUUUCCCGGGUGAUUUUCCCGGUCAUUUUCGCCAUUUUUAAUCUCAUCUACUGGUGUGUCUACACUCAGGUGUCUUUUAACGUGGAUCCGCAACUCGGAUAAAGAUAAAGUCGGGAUGUGUUUUGUAAAAUGAACUGUCUUCUGUCUCAUGUCAUGCUACGUACAUGUAAUGAACACACAGUAUAUGAAUAUCAUUAUAAGUAACCAUAAAGCAUUAGUUACGUGAACAUCGCGCUUCGCUGUCAUCACAUAUGUAUAUUUAUCAUGGGUUUUUAUGUUGACAAAGUGGUCAACAGUGU